CAUUUCCCGGAGAAAUUGUGCUAGAUUCAGGUUAGGGUGCGGCCUUGUCCUGGCCCCGGUCCUCUCCGGCAGCGCUGGCCUCCACAGCCCGCAGCAUUUCUGACUGAGCCGGGUUUCCGGGACCACACAGGGGAGCUGCAGUGCUCCCUGGAAACAAGGGGGGCACAGUUGGGUCCAGUGCAGGAGGCGGGGUGGCAUCCGCAGCCCGCGUGGGGUGUGGUGAGGGCACCGGGUGGUCCAGAGGAGCCUCCUGGAGUCCUUGAGGGGUCCCCAAAGGCCAGGUGGAAGCUUCCCGUCAGGGAAUGGGCCGGCACAGGUGGGGACACCGCAAGAGAAAGGCCUGAUUUCCCUGCGCUCCUGGUCCUGCAGAGCCUGCGGCGGAUGCCUAGCUGCAGCCAGGCCAGCAUGGUCCUCCCUCCCCUCAGGAGGCCUCCGGCUCAGCAGAGGGCACGGUGAGGAGUGCCUGUGUCGGGACCCAGGUCCAGAAGCACCCGAGAAGAGCUCCACGGGAGGACACAGGGAGAAGGGGUAGAACGCGAGCCGCGGCGAGGCUUGAAGGUGUCCGCCCAGGGUGGGGUGGGGAGAUACCAGCCGGAGGGCUGGCUGCAAGCAGAGGCAGUGCGGAGCGGCCCUGAGGGACGGAGAGGUCCCCUCAGACAGCCGGACAGCAGGCCCGGAGCUGGAGGCGGUGACCGGCAGGCAGCUGUGGUGGGGAGGAACGUGGGCCGCACCGACCGAGCCCGGGACCCACCGUCUCCACGUGGCAGUGGAGGUUUCUGAGAAUAACAAAGGUGGAGUGUUUCUUAAUAUCCUCUAGGAGAAAAGCUCUUCUGUGAUACAGCCAAGACUGGCUGUGGAAGGAAAAUACAAACGCUACGUGUAUGCAUAACCGGGCAUGAAAUGGGCGCCUAUAAAUGUGCUCCCACAUUGCUGCCCGGCAGAAUCCACUGCAAGGUCAGAGGUGGAGCCAGACUGGUGGCCAGUGGUGGAUCUCUGAGGAGAAAGCUGGAUUUAGAAGCUCACCCGGCCUUUCCCAUUUGGAAGAAAGCCAGAAACUCAUACAUGGGCUGCAUUGAAGUGCUGCAAUCAAUGAGGUCCCUGGAUUUUGGAAUGCGGACCCAAGUUACAAGGGAAGCGAUAAGCCGCCUGUGUGAAGCUGUCCCUGGGGCCAGUGGAGCCCUUAAAAAGCGAAAGGCUCCCCUUAAGUCCCUCUCAGCUGUUCUUGGCAAAAGUAAUCUUCAGUUUUCUGGAAUGAAUAUAAAACUGACCAUCUCGACAGGCAGCCUCACACUGAUGAACCUUGAUAACCAGCAGAUCAUUGCAAAUCAUCAUAUGCAAUCAAUUUCAUUUGCUUCUGGAGGGGACCCUGAUACUACAGAUUAUGUUGCCUACGUAGCUAAAGAUCCAGUUAAUCAACGAGCAUGCCACAUACUGGAAUGCCGCAACGGAAUGGCUCAGGGUGUCAUAAGUACCAUCGGGCAGGCUUUUGAACUCCGAUUCAAACAGUACUUGAAAAAUCCUUCUCUGAAUAUUUCUUGUGAAAGUGACGAGGUGCAGAUUGACAGCCCUGCCCUGGAGGAGGGAGAAGAUCCUGAAUAUUACAAUGAGAUCCCAGGCAAGCAGCCACCGGCAGGCGGCGUGUCGGAUGUUCGGAUCCGAGUGCAGAGCCCGCAGCAGACGCCAGCGUACUGCCCCAUCCGCUGUGAAAAGCUGUGCUACUUGCCUGGGAACUCCAAGUGCAGCAGUGUAUAUGAGAACUGCCCGGAACAAAGCAGGACCGCAGGUGACGCCCGCGAGCCGGGGGUCCUGGCCCAGCGAGAUGGCACCGCGCUGAGACUCCCGUGUGGGGCGGAUCUCUUUGAUGACCCCUGCUACAUUAACACGCGGGUACUUCAGCGUGCACCAGGCUCAGCCCGGCCCCGGGAGAGCCCGCGGCACUGUGGAAAGGCCCCGGAGACCAUUCAGCCCAGCGCCACGGCCCAGCCUGCUGGCUCACGUUCUUUGCCACACAUUAAACAACAGCUCUGGAGUGAAGACUGCUACCAUGGCAAGCUGAGCAGGAAGGCGGCAGAGAGCCUUCUGGUGAAGGAUGGGGACUUUUUGGUUCGAGAGAGCGUGACAUCCCCUGGCCAGUACGUACUGAGUGGACUACAGGGUGGCCAGGCAAAGCACCUUCUCCUGGUGGACCCCGAAGGCAAGGUGAGGACCAAGGAUCACAUAUUUGAUAACAUUGGGCACCUUAUCAGAUACCACAUGGACAACAGUUUGCCGAUCAUCUCUUCCGGAAGCGAAGUGACCCUUAAACAACCGGUGAGAAAAGAGAAUAACCCUGGACUUUCGCAUUCCAAGAAAUGACAGCGUUGGCCCAGUGCUAUCUCGGCAAGCUCCGCUUCGCAUGAGGGCAUGAGGAUAACUCAGACUCUGCCUCCAGGUCAAACAGAGCACAAACUGUGAAGCGUGUCUUUCUGAGACCCGGAUGGACUAGAUCUUUUAUAAAACAGAGAACUAAUAGAAUGUCUUCGGGAAAUGCAUCUCUGAAAAGCGGAGAAGGAUUGACCCAUUUGAAAAGAAACUAUACACAUGCACGGAUGUCACUUUCUGAAGUCACGUUGCAUCGACAGCAAGCUAAAAAGCACAAUUAAACUUUCACAUGCUAGAGACAACUAGAACUGCUGGGGCAGUGGUAUGUGCCUUUCACCGUGGUCAUUUGGGGGCAUUUUCCUAGGGGGAGGUUAGUUCCACGUGUCUUCAUGUUCUUUAACUGCAGAACCAUUUGCCAAAAAGAGUCUUUUCUUGCUAAAACAGAUAAACUAUUUACUGGAUAGUUAUUGACUUUAUUACAAUUUCUGUUUAGUAGCAUUUUUCACCCCAAGGUCAAAAUAAAUAUGACACAGAAUCCAGACUGUGUCUGUACCGGUGGGAUCAAAGCCGCUGAAAGUGUUAGUCUGUUUUGUUGGUCUGUCCUGUGUCCUCAGUCUUUGCUGUGUGGACUGUUUGCAUACAGCCUGUGACACAUGGAAGAGGCCAGAUCUCCCAUUCACUUCUGUUUUCCUCAUCUUUUCCCACUGCCCUUGCCACAAAAGCUCCUGAGGGCUGGGUUUAUAAAAGGUGGCAGAGGAAACCAGGGUUCUUCGUACCACAGUAUCCACACUGGUUCCAUCCUAUUUGGAAGUACAGGAUUUAGUUCAAAGUGUAGGGACCUUUUCUUUACAUUGGCGGCCACUGAGUCAUAGUGUCAGCAUCUGCAUGUGACCCAGCACCUUUUCUAGAUUUGAUCAGACAGACUGCAGAAGACACACACCGUCCAUUCAUUCGUGCAACAUUGAAUGAGGUGUUGGAAAAGGUCUGCUGCAGGUAGACCAACUCUGCAAUGGGUAAUCAAGUAAGUGUCUUGUGGGGAGAAGCACCAGGCAGGGGCACAUCUCCGUGACCUUCAGCAGGUUGCCAAGCCUCUCUGGGUUCCAGUUUUCUUGCCCAUAAAAUGAGUGAGCUGGAGAGAGUGAGUCCCGAGGUCUACCUCAGUCUUAACAUAGCAUGUGCCCUCCUACCAUAACCAAGUGUUUCAUUUAUUUGAGGUCAGAACUGCUAAGUAGCCCAUACAGAUUAAACAUUCAGGAUUUUUUCCUUUAAUAUGUCUAUACUCUCAGCAUAAGUGGCAUAAUUGAGACCAGUUGUCAUGUGGCUCAGAAACGGUGGCAUAGUAUAGGUGUUCUUGCCACUGCACACAGAGAUGCGGCCACGACACAGAGUGAUGUCUUGUUUUGCCUGCUUAUUUGUUGUAUCCUGAGUUAUCUGGACAAUGCCUUAACUUCGUUUCAUUCUGGCUAAGUCAGCACAGCUUAAGCUUUAUGGUUACCAUAUUUGUUUGGAAUAGAAGUCGUCUAAAUGCUAAGCCCAUUGAACUCUAAUAUUUUUGUGGAAACGCUUCUGAUUUUAUCUUCUGCUGCCUUGAUAUUGACUGGUUUUGUUUCCUUUUAUAUGAGUAGGAAAUAGUGCCUUUAUCACCAGUUUUCAAAACACUUAGUUCUUGGUCAUUUUUCCUCAUAAAGGGGCUCAGCAAGGGUAGAGAGAAUAGAAUCAUGAUCUAUGAGAAAUUAACUCCUGUAUUGAGACAGGGCAGAGCGCUGGGCCCAGUAGGGCUGGGUAGAGAGACUACCAGUCAACUACCCAGUUGACUGAGCAGCAAGGAGUUCUUGGUGCGGAGAGCAUUAGUGGUGAGAGCCGUACACAGAAGUAAUUAGUGCUGGACUGUAACGGUAUAGUAGUUAGGUAAGCAAACACUGCACUCACAAAUACCUCGGGUACAGUUAAUGCAAAAUAACAGGAAAUGUCUGCAUGCUAUUUUAACCUCACUUUCUUAUCUUCAUGUGUUUUAAAGUAGAAAUCAUUUGCCUGUAAAUACCUGUAAAUGACUUUUUAAAAGAACAAAUAAAUAAUUAUUGCUUUGUGACCAUUGACAAUGCAUGUCUGGUGUUUGGGAUUUGGAAAUUUUACCCACUGUAGGAUAUGAGUCCUGGCAGGAAGCAGAUGGCCCACUGAAAUUGGGUAAUUUGAGGAGAGUUUAUUAAAGGAACGAUUUAAGCUGUGGGCAGAGUAUAGGGAAACCACAAAGGAGAAGGCAGUGCUCUGUUC